CAUAGGUGUACGGCCAUUUUGGUUAAUCGAAAAUUACCGGUUCUUACUGAAAGAAACAAGUUUUUUUUAGGAUCUGUGUGAUAAUUACCUUUUGAUAGUAAAUCAUAUUACGAAUGUAUAUAUAAAACAGAUAAAUAUUAAGUGUAUAUAGAAUGGAAGAUAAAUCUGCAUUAAAAGAGUUAGAUAGUUGGAUCGAGCAACUGAAUGAAUGCAAACAACUCACAGAAAAUCAAGUCAAGACCCUUUGUGAAAAGGCCAAAGAAAUUUUAGCUAAAGAAUCAAAUGUUCAAGAGGUGAAAUGUCCUGUUACUGUAUGUGGAGAUGUUCAUGGCCAAUUCCACGAUUUAAUGGAAUUAUUUAGAAUUGGUGGUAGAUCACCUGAUACAAAUUAUCUUUUUAUGGGAGAUUAUGUUGAUAGAGGUUAUUAUUCUGUGGAAACUGUCUCUUUACUUGUUGCAUUAAAGGUUAGAUAUAGAGAAAGAAUAACAAUACUUAGAGGAAAUCAUGAAAGCAGGCAAAUAACUCAAGUUUAUGGAUUUUAUGAUGAAUGUUUAAGAAAAUAUGGAAAUGCAAAUGUGUGGAAGUAUUUCACUGAUCUUUUUGAUUAUUUACCACUUACUGCUCUAGUAGAUGGUCAGAUUUUUUGUUUGCAUGGAGGACUCUCACCUUCAAUUGAUACUCUUGAUCAUAUACGUGCACUUGAUAGACUUCAGGAAGUUCCUCAUGAGGGUCCUAUGUGUGAUUUAUUGUGGUCUGAUCCAGAUGAUCGUGGUGGUUGGGGUAUAUCUCCACGUGGUGCCGGAUAUACUUUUGGUCAGGAUAUUUCAGAAACCUUUAAUCAUAGUAAUGGCUUAACUCUUGUUGCUAGAGCACAUCAGCUUGUUAUGGAAGGUUAUAAUUGGUGUCAUGAUAGAAAUGUGGUUACUAUAUUCAGUGCUCCUAAUUAUUGUUAUCGUUGUGGAAAUCAAGCAGCCAUAAUGGAAUUAGAUGAUGCUCUUAAAUAUUCAUUCCUACAAUUUGAUCCUGCACCAAGGCGAGGGGAACCACAUGUUACUAGACGCACACCAGACUAUUUUCUUUAAAAUAUGUGUAUUUUGUUAUGUUUAUUUUAGUUUUAAUUUAGCUUAAGGAUAAAUUACCCUUUGGGUAAUCAAGAUGCAAAUGGCAAAGUAAAAACUAUUAGUUAUGCAUCUGAUUUGUCUGGACAAAAAGAAAAUUUCUUAUUUUCUGUGGGUGCAUCAUUUUCAUUCCUUAUUUGAAAUUGUAUGAAUUUUAUAUUUGUCCAAAUGAAAUUAUUACACUGAAGCCAAGGUUUACAAAUUUAACAAUAUUAAUUAAUUAAUUAUUAACCAAAAAAAUAAUUCAGACAAAAUUGUAUAAUGUGCAUAAAAAUUGCAAAAUUGUAUCCAUUUGUAUAAAAUUCCCACAUCUGCACAGAAGUUAAAAUUUUAAAAAAAUUAAAGACGAAAUUGGCUUUGUUAAUUCAUUAAUUGCUGCUUUUUAUGCAUGUAUUUUAUUGGGAAAAAUAAGAAAAUUUUGCCAUCUUGUGAUAAAUUGACAACUUGGAAAAAUUUUGUGACCAUUUUUAAAUAUUAAAAAAUAUAAACUCUCUAUCUGAACAUGACAAUUUAUAAAUACUUUUUAUGCCAUUUCUCUUGCUUUAUUAAAAAUUUUAAAUAAAAAGAAAAAAGAAAUUCUGCCAAGUUUGCAACAUCAAAUUAGAAAAAAUAAUUAUCUUGCAUUGAUGUUUUGAUCUAAGGAAAAAAAAAAAGGAAAAUGUCUUGUCUUAAAUACAGUAGAAUUACACAGCAGUAGACGAUACCUGUUCAAAAUUAUUAAUCGG